GCGCAGAAGCCUGCGUAAUUUGUUGAUAUCCUGUUUGGUUUGUAGUAUUCGCAGAGCCUUUGCUCUUUCGAAUCCAAAAUUAGUAAGCACCAUUGGUUUCGUUUGAGUGUGGAUGCGCUUGUCAAGAGAAGGUCAUCUGUAUGAGGGACUAAUGGAAGACACACGGGAUUUGGCUGAGCGCACCCCGCGUUCAGAACGGAAGCGGAGAGAUUCGUUUGGGAUGUUUGAUGGCUAUGACAGUUGUAGUGAGGAGUCAACCAGCAGCUCCAGCUCAGAGGACAGCGAGGAUGAGGUGGUCUCCUCUCUGCCUGCCAGUCUUCCCAUCAUCAAGAACAAUGGCCAGGUCUAUACUUAUCCUGAUGGAAAGGCUGGAAUGGCCACCUGUGAGAUGUGUGGAAUGAUUGGAGUCCGAGAUGCUUUCUAUUCCAAAACAAAGCGUUUCUGCAGCGUUUCUUGUUCCAGGAGCUAUUCUUCCAAUUCAAAAAAAGCAAGCAUAUUGGCGAGACUCCAGGGCAAGCCUCCAACAAAAAAGGCAAAAGUCUUACAGAAACAACCUCUUGUAGCAAAGUUGGCAGCUUACGCUCAGUACCAAGCAAGUCAACAGAACCAGGCCAAAUCGAAAGCUGUGGUUCCAUCUGAAAGCUUUGACUGGGGACCAUAUAUCUGUGUCAAUAACACAUCUGGAGCUCCAGUCAGCUGUUUCAAGCAUGCUCCCAUGGGGACAUGCUGGGGCGGUAUUGAGGAAGGUGUGAGAAUUGAAGUGCUCAACUCUGACACCAAUCACUCUACUAAGGUUUACUGGAUAGCAGAAAUUGUUAAGCUAGCAGGCUUCAAGGCUCUCCUGCGUUAUGAAGGUUUUGAUGUUGACAGCAGUAAGGACUUCUGGUGUAAUCUUUGUAUCCCUGAAGUUCAUCCUGUGGGCUGGUGUGCUUCGAGCGGGAAACCUCUUGUACCGCCAAAAAGCAUACAGCAUAAGCAUUCGAACUGGAAAGCAUUUCUUGUGAAGCGUCUCACUGGAGCUAAAACACUGCCACCCGACUUUAAUGUCAAGGUACAUGAAAAUACACAGUUCCCUUUUAAGAAGCUGAUGCGGGUAGAGGUGGUGGAUAAAAAUUAUCUUUGCCGGACACGAGUGGCCUUGGUGGAGCAAGUCAUUGGAGGACGGCUCAGGCUGGUCUAUGAGGAGAGCCAGGAUGGAUCCGAUGACUUCUGGUGUCACAUGUACAGUCCUCUAAUUCAUAAUAUUGGAUGGUCGCGCAGCAUUGGACAUCGCUUUAAAAGAUCUGAUGUAACAAAGAAAAUUGAAGGUCAAGUUGAUGCCCCCCCACAGCUCUUCCAAAAGGUGCGAGAUGUGGACCAAAGUGUGGAUUGGUUCAAGGACGGCAUGAAGUUGGAAGCUAUUGACCCUCUCAAUCUCUCAGCGAUAUGUGUAGCCACUGUAAGAAAGGUGUUGGCAGAUGGGUAUCUUAUGAUUGGAAUUGAUGGUUCUGAAGCGGUUGAUGGAUCAGACUGGUUCUGCUACCAUGGCACCUCACCCUCCAUCUUCCCCGUUGGCUUCUGUGAAAUCAACAGCAUUGAAUUGACCUCCCCUCGAGGUUACACUAAGCUGCCAUUUAAAUGGUUUGACUACCUCAGAGAAACUGCUUCAAUAGCUGCUCCUGUAAAGCUCUUUAACAAGGAAGUUCCCAAUCAUGGUUUCCAACGAGGCAUGAAGCUGGAGGCUGUUGACCUGAUGGAGCCACGUCUGGUGUGUGUUGCUACAGUGACAAGAAUUGUACAUCGGCUCUUAAGGAUCCACUUUGACGGCUGGGAAGAUGAGUAUGACCAAUGGGUUGACUGCGAAUCACCUGAUCUUUAUCCUGUGGGUUGGUGUCAGCUGACGGGGUAUCAACUUCAACCCCCAGCCUCCCAGAGUACCAGAGAAAUGUCUCAGUCACUCCCCAAACAGAAGAAAAAGGCCCAGCAGUAUAAAGGCCAAAAGAAAAAGAGGAAAAUUCCAGUUGGUCGGCGGCCCUUCUCUCAGGCAGUCAGGAGGAGAAGCUUUUCAGGGGAUGAAGAGCAGAGUCCACCCUUUUACCAUGUUGAGGGGCCAACCCAGCUCCAACUCCGAACUCACCUCCACCAAACCCAUAAAUCAGACUCGCUCCUACGAAUGAAGGAGGAGAUGAUGGAGGCGGAUGAGUUCAACUUUUCCCAGGGCACCUCGGAUCAGGAGAGUAAUGGCUCAGGAACAUUCUACAUUAAACAGGAACCCUAAGGUCUGGGGUUCAAAUCAGGACUCAUGGAAGAAGGAUUGUGCAAGAAGUCUGGAGAAUCGGUGUGAGUUCAGAUUACACCUACAGGCACAUAUUUCUAAACGGAGAAAUAAGGUAAUGAAGAGAACAUGGUCAGUUCCUCGCCUGUUGAAAAAAAAAAUAUGGGUAUCCUCCGCAAUCAUUUCCAUAAGUGUGUAUAGAUUACAGAUGUUAGGAGCUCCUUUCUCCUGUCUAAACAUUCAACUAAGCUAUUUUUUUAAUAUAUGAACUAUAAAACAACCUUUCCUACGUACUCCAUGUCAGUUUCAGCUGCCCCAGGCCUGCAUAAAAUGUGAUAACUAUG